AUGAACAAAAAAAGGUCUUUGUUUAUCUCUUCUCUUGUGAUUUAUCCAUACUGCAUCACCCUCUUCUAUUUCCUCACAACAAUCACUCUAAGCUAUGCUGUGGAUCCAUAUUUUGAAGCUUGUGAACCCAAAACAUGUGGCAACCAAACUAUAACCUACCCUUUCUACAUCAAAGGAAUACAAGAAACCUUUUGUGGUUACCCUGGUUUUGGUAUCACUUGUGACAAUACUAUUGGUUUUCCAAUCCUCAAUCUUUCUAAUACCUUUUACACAAUCAACCAAAUUUUGUAUCAAAAUCAUUCAUUUAGAGUGUCGAAUCCUAUGUUUUCAAGAACAGACACAAAAAAAGGUUGUCUUUCACUUUCACCUACCCAAAACCCCAGUUUUCCUAAUAACACGUUCUAUCUUGCACAUAACCAAACUGAAGUGAGAUUGUUCUUUGGAUGCGACUCAUCGAAGCUACCCAGAACUCUGCAAAGGAACAAAAUCGGUUGCUCUGCAGAAAACGAAACGAGUUCGGUUGUGGCAUUGUAUGGAGAUGAUAAAAAUGCAAGCUUUUUGUCUUGCAGAGAUGACGUGGUUUACACGAGGGUGGAAAAUGGGUUGAAAGGAAGCAUUCAAGAGUCUCUGAGAAAAGGGUUUAGGUUGAAUUGGAUAGCUAGUGAUUGCAGGGAAUGUAACAGCACUGGAGGGAGAUGCGGGUUUGAUGCAGAUAUAUUCAAUUUCAGAUGUUACUGCACUGAUAGAGUUCAUGCUGCAAAAUGUGAUACAGUUGCAGUCGCAGUCGCAGAGAAGUCUCAGGUGGUGCAUAUAGUGACAAUAGUGGGCUCUGUGGCUGGAGUUGCAUUUGCCUUGCUGAUUGUUUUAGUCUGUUGGUUUAGAAAAAAGAUCUUCCCUCCCACAUUUCGUUUGACCAACAAGAAGAAUCCAACCCAUCAAAUUAUUGAAAAGUUUUUGAAGGAACAUGGACCUCUUUCUGCUGCUAGGUACAAUUAUUCUGAUAUAAAAAAGAUAACAAAUUCUUUGAAAAAUAAAUUAGGCCAAGGAGGGUACGGAAGUGUAUACAGAGGAAAAUUACAAGAUGAGCGUAAUGUUGCAGUGAAGAUUUUGAGUGAAUCAAAAGGUAAUGGUGAAGAUUUCAUUAAUGAAGUUGCUAGUAUUAGUAGAACUUCACAUGUCAAUGUUGUUAGACUUUUGGGGUUCUGUUUGGAUGGUUCUAAAAAGGCACUAAUAUACGAAUACAUGCCUAAUGGAUCUCUUGAGAAAUUCAUAUAUGAAGACAAAAUUCCACCGCAGAGUGAUCUCCAAUUGGAUUGCAAAACAUUGUAUGAUAUUGCAGUUGGCGUUGCUCGUGGAUUAGAGUACUUGCAUAGAGGGUGCAACACCAGAAUCUUACAUUUUGACAUAAAGCCUCAUAAUAUAUUACUAGAUGAUGAUUUUUGUCCUAAAAUUUCUGAUUUUGGCCUUGCUAAAAUAUGUCCAAGAAAAGAAAGCAUUGUAUCUGUAUUUGGUGCGAGAGGAACACCAGGAUAUAUUGCUCCAGAGUUGUUUUCUAGAAAUUUUGGUGAGGUGUCACAUAAAUCAGAUGUCUACAGCUAUGGAAUGAUGGUUUUAGAGAUGGUUGGACGAAGAAAGAACAUUAAGAUUGAAGUGGACUUUUCUAGCAAAUUAUAUUUUCCUCACUGGAUUUACAAGCGUCUUGAGUUAAAUCAGGAUCUUGAAUUAAAGUGUAUUAAAAAUGAGAUUGAUGAAGAAAUGGUAAGAAAAAUGACAAUGGUGAGUUUAUGGUGCAUACAAACCAACCCUUUGAAUCGACCAUCGAUGCAUAAAGUGGUAGAAAUGUUGGAAGCAAACUUUAAAGAGUUGGAAAUGCCACCAAAACCCUUUUUAUCUUCUCCUCCAACAUCUCCAACCCAUUUAUCAUCUGGAAUAUUAUAA